AUGAACCCUGAAGUGCAUUCCGAAUUCAACGCCACGAAAUCAACACGCCUAUACUGGCUGUGGCAGUCCAAGGAAAAAAGCCUUGUGCGGAUCCUAACCAGCUCAAUCAGAUACGACUAUCUCUUCAAGCUGCUUCUCAUCGGUGAUUCCGGUGUGGGCAAGUCUUGCUUGUUGCUUCGAUUUGCCGAUGAUACCUACACCGAGUCCUACAUUUCCACCAUUGGAGUCGACUUCAAAAUCCGAACGAUAGAGCUCGAUGGCAAGACCGUGAAGCUUCAAAUUUGGGAUACUGCUGGCCAAGAGCGGUUCCGAACCAUCACCUCGUCCUACUACCGCGGUGCCCACGGCAUUUGCGUUGUCUACGACGUCACCGACAUGGACUCUUUCAACAAUGUCAAGCAAUGGUUACAGGAGAUUGACCGAUAUGCCACCGAGGGUGUCAACAAGCUUCUGGUUGGUAACAAGAGCGACAUGUCGGACAAGAAGGUGGUCGAGUACACUGUUGCCAAGGAAUUCGCCGACACCCUGGGCAUUCCAUUCCUCGAGACCUCUGCCAAGAACGCCAGCAACGUCGAGCAAGCAUUCUUGACCAUGGCCCGGCAGAUCAAAGAGCGUAUGGGCACAACGACAGCCAACAACACCAAGCCAAGCGUGCAAGUUGGGCAGGGCCAGGGCGUCGGCUCUGCUUCAAGCAACAGCUGCUGCUAA